UUUUGUGCUAUAUAACUGUAAAUGGUUUACUUUUUGAAAAUGCUCAAAUAUCACUGCCGUUCAUUUUUUUUUAAAUUUGUUUUUUCAGAAAUGCAUUGUGAUAGUCGGGAAUCCUUCCUGAAAAAUGGAUUUAUUUUCCCCGUCCAAGUUCUUGAUUCAGCAGAAACAGAGUAUUAUAUGAAUAAAUAUAAAGAAUAUCUACGACGCUAUGGAUCACAAGUGUUAUUAGGCAAGGAUGGGAUCAAAAGAAUUCGUGGAAACCGGAUAUUUCGGCUUCAUAUGGUAGCAAAGUGGGCUGCAGACCUUGUCAGGCAUCCUAGGCUUAUUCAGGCAGUUUCUCAGGUGUUGAAUACAAGUGAUAUAUUAAUCUGGAGUUCAGAUCUAACUGUUAAACCAAAGAGAAGUAGUGAAUGCUUUGGUUGGCACCAGGACGAGGCAUAUGCGCAUCUAGGUCCUGAGACUAAGCUCGUGACUGCCUGGAUUGCUUUGUCUGAUUCUAGAACUGAAAAUGGCUGUGUUAAGUUUAUAAGAGGAUCGAAUAGUUUUGGUCAGCUUGCACACAUGUCUCGGAGAAGAACGGAGGAUUGUAAUCUGGUUUUAGGUCAGGUGGUUGCAGAUCAAUUACUUAUCCAGGAACAUAAGAAGGAUGUAGUUGAUUGCAAUCUUCUGGCUGGAGAAGCAUCACUUCAUGCCUGGAGAACUAUUCAUUCUUCUCAACCAAACCAUUCCGACCAGGAUAGAAUAGGACUUGCUGUUCGAUAUAUGGCCGGUGAUGUUGUAUCCUCCUGUACAGUAAUAAAUGAGUUGGUCACCUUGGCUGCUGGUCAGUACAAGGGAGACUCUUUCGAAAUAGAAAACAUUCCUGAAGGAGAGUACGGAAAAGAAGAGUGGGCCCUCCACAAAAAGUCCAUGGACAGGGAAUGGGAGAGGAGAAAAAAGAGCAAAGAACUAGGUUUACUCCCAAGUCAAGAGUUUGAGAACAGGAACGGAUGAAGGAAAACGAAACCAAGAGAGGAAAAUAAGAAGAAGGAGAAUUUGACAGAUUUGUGUCCUGUUAACACCAUUAUGUUAGAUUGUGUUAAAUUUUUAAAUUAUAUUUCAGAAA